ACUCGCCCCGGGUUAGUCUUAACUAAGUCUUGGUCAUAAGGAUGAGAGACUUAGGGCACUGCGGUAGGAUCAAUAAAUAAAAUCAGAUCAUCCAACCAGAGUUGUAAAUUGUUACAAUUGGAAUUUAUUCCUACCAGAAAUAAUUUAACUGUAGGGCAAGAUGCAAAGCACAACUAUAGUUAAAUAAAAUAUGGAUCUUGGCCCGCUAGGGUAUUCUUCAAAUAGAAACCCCAAGUCAAUAGGUUCCGUACCUGAGGGUAGUUGACUUGUUAGAAAUAGUGGGAGAGUAUUUAAUAAAGACCUAUUAGAUACUUAAUUCAUGAUAAUAACUAUCUUCGCAAAAUUCUGUAGAUGGCAAACAACACAAACAACCUCGCCCUGCGUUCCAUUCUGGAUAAAGAUAAAUUGAACGGAACAAACUUUGUUGACUGGCAACGCAAUCUCUGCAUUGUUCUCCGCAUGGAUGAGAAAGAGUAUGUGCUCGAAAAGCCCAUUCCUCCUGCCCCUCCCGCUAACGCCCCGAAAACGGUCAAAGAUGCCUACGAGAAACACGUUGAGGAUGACAACCAGGUUAGCUGUGUCAUGCUGGCUACCAUGAUAACCGAGCUGCAAAAACAGCACGAGGACAUGAAGGCCCACGAGAUGAUCGUGGCCUUGUGGCAGCUAUACCAGGGGCAAUCCAGGCAUGAACGUUUUCUCGUGAGUAAGGCUCUCUUUAGUUGCAAGCUCUCUUCAGGGAACCCGGUCGGUCCGCACGUUCUCAAAAUGAUUGGUUACAUAACCAAUCUGGAGAAACUCGGGUUCUCCUUGCAGAAGGAGUUGGCAACGGACAUGAUCAUGCAGUCGCUCCCUGAGCUGUAUAAGGGUUUUGUCAUGAACUACAUGAUGCAUGAUCUUGACAAACCCCUUCCGGAGCUUCUUAAAAUGCUCCAGACUGCAGAGGAGAACCUUACUAAGGGCAAGGGUGCUUCCGUCCUUAUGGUCCAAGGCGGAAAGGGGAAGCCGAAGAAGGGGAUUAAGAUUAAGGCUAGGACAGUCGGAAAGCCUAAAUCGAAGUCCACUUCAUCUGCAACCCAGAAACCCAUAGGAGGAGUUGCAAAGGGCAAAUGUCAUCACUGUGGUAAGGCAGGCCACUGGAGAAGAAACUGCAAGACAUACCUCGCAACCAAGAAGAAGGAAGGUACGACCAUUUCUUCUGAGGUGUAUGUUAUAGAAGUUAACAUGUCUAUAUCUUUAUCAUGGGUACUAGAUACUGGAUGUGGGUCUCAUAUCUGUACUACCAUGCAGGGACUGAAGCAGAGUAGACGGUUAGCUCAAGGCGAGAUUGAACUCCGAGUCGGCAAUGGUGCACCUGUUGCAGCUUUGGCAAUCGGAACUUAUAGUUUAGUCUUGCCUAGUGGUCUAAUGUUGGAAUUAAACGAUUGCUUGUACGUUCCUGCAAUUAGCAGAAACAUUAUUUCUGUUUCAUGUCUUGAUAAGAAUGGUUUCAUCAUUUCUAUUAAAGACAAGUCCCUU